UACACUGGAUUGAUAGAUACUGCAUCAUCACCAGAAAGAAGUUGAGUUGACUUCCUUGCGGAGUGAACUUGUAAAUCAUAAACCCAUAAGAUGCUGACGACAACGAGAAGCUCUGGUGCACACAGUGGAGUCACUAAUUCCCAGGACGUCAGUAAUGUCGCGUUUGCAUAUCACGUUGCAAAGUUUUCGGUGAUUUGUCGCUAAGGGCGAGAGUAAAACUCAAGUUUAGAGUUGUUUAAGGGUGAAAGUUCGUGACAUCAGGGAUUUGGAUUGAAAAUAGUGGAAAUUGUACCGGUGGAAUUUGUUGAUUCUGCUGUGAGGGGGGCGAGAGGGGAGUGGAAGAGAGGCCUUGGGGGGGUGAUUGAAGUGGGUGUCCAGGGCAUGGUGGUGGCGAUUUUGGUUGCCAACAAAUGCUGCCAUGCUUGGACCAUGCCAGCCGGCAGCCUGGACGUGGCUGCUGGUACCAAUGCUAAAUACCACCAGGAGUUGCACCGACGUAAGGAGAAUAUUAGUCGUUUUAAUUGCCACUGCCGUAUGCGGGGUCAACGCUGGACCGAGGUAUGCCUCCAGAAUAGUCGAGACCAAAAGUGGACAAAUACGGGGUAUUUUACAGGAAUUGAACACGAGGCUGGAUCCAGUGGAGGUUUUUCGUGGUAUACCUUACGCAGCACCACCAGUCGGUGAUUUACGACUGAGGCCACCAUCAGCCCCAUCAUCGUGGUCAGGUGUCAGACUCGCUGACAGUUUUGGACCAGUUUGCCCCCAAAAGCUGCCUGAUAUCAGCAAUCGCACCGCUGCCCUCAAGGAGAUGCCACUUGGCAGAUACAUUCAAAUUAAAAGAAUGAUCACAUUUCUGGGAAAUCAGAGUGAGGAUUGCCUCACCCUCAACUUGUACAUACCGGGAAGUGGUUCCAGGGGACUCGAGGCACCUUAUGCAGUUAUUGUUUAUGUACAUGGAGAGAGUUUUGAAUGGGGAACUGGAAAUGUCUACGAUGGAUCUGUACUCGCCAGUGCUGGACAUGUCAUUGUCAUUACCAUUAAUUACAGGCUUGGCAUUUUGGGUUUCCUGAGGACUCGGGGGGUGCCAGACACGAGUGGCGAAUCUGGUGGUAAUUUGGCACUGAGGGACAUUGCGAUGGGUCUGCGAUGGGUGCGAGAGAACAUCGCAGCAUUCGGUGGUGAUUCAACGAGGGUCACACUGAUGGGUCACGACACCGGUGCAGCACUCGUCAAUCUCGUUCUCCUCGCCCCCUUCGCCAAAGGUCUAUUGCACCGAGUAGUACUGCUAAGUGGUUCGGCACUGAGCCCCUGGGCAACAGUUCACGACCCAAAUGAUCUCCGUAGUCGUGUUGGCGAGCAAUUGGGCUGUUCAAUGGAGAAUGAAGAUGAUGAUAUAGCCGAUUGUCUACGUAGUGUACCACUGAGUGUUCUCCAGAAUGUGGAGCUCCCCGAGAUCAAGUUCAUGCCUCGUGUGGGACCAGCACUGCCAGUCGACCAAAAUAAUCCAGAUCCUGGAUUGGACAUGGAGCGUGCCAGUGAUGCCUUUAUCAAAGUACCACUGAUCCUCGGGGUAACCACAGCCGAGGCAUGCUUUGACUUCAACGACGAUGAAAUUAAAAUUGGCAUUGAAGAGGAUAAGCGCAAUCGUAUGCUCAGGACAUACAUCAGAAAUGCGUACUACUAUCAUUUGAACGAGAUAUUCUCAGCAGUACGUAAUGAGUACACUGAUUGGGAUAAACCAACUCUGCAUCCAAUUAAUAUCAGAGAGUCAACUAUGGAGGCUUUGAGCGAUGGUCAUACAGUUGCUCCACUCAUUAGAAUAGCGUUCUAUCAUGCCAGGAGAGGAGCGCAGACGUACUUCUUUCAUUUCAGUUAUCAAACUAAAGACGGUGCUUAUCCUCAGCGAUUGGGGAGUGUUCGAGGUGAAGACAUCGCAUACGUCUUCGGCCUUCCUCUCAUCUCGGGUGGGCCGUUCUUCCCCUUAAAUUACAGCAGACAGGAUCAAGGAGUUGCUGAAGCAGUUCUAACAUUUUUCACAAACUUCGCUAAGACUGGAAAUCCAAACGCCCCCCACAACAUCGAGUCCGUAGACUACGGUACGGUUAAAGAAAAAGCUCGAUUUCGUGGUCUCACGUGGGAUCAGUACGAGACUGGCUCGCAAUUCUACUUAACAAUAGCGCAAAAACCCAGGAUAAAAAGCCACUACCGAGGUCAUAAAAUGGCAGUGUGGCUCAAUCUGAUUCCCCAGCUUCAUCAACCUGGAGACGAGGACGUCUCAAUGCGUCAUCAUCACUUCAGAGAGCAUGGAGAUCACCUCUAUGCAGGAGCAGUCCGUGAUGAAUGGCACACCCCAGUGCCCCUAAUAGCCACAACACGUAGCAGCACAUCAUCAACAACCUGCACGACAUCAAUAUCCGAGGGUUCGACAACGCCGGACGUGACAUCAGUUCUGAACGAGAGAAAAGACAGUUACGAGCAGCUCGCCUCCCGCCAAUUCUACAGUACAACAACAGCCUUGGCGAUAACAGUAGGAGUGGGCUGCAUCCUCCUAGUGCUAAAUAUGUUGAUUUUCGCUGGUAUUUACUACCAGAGGGACAGAGACAAGAAGAGAGCAGCAAUGGAGUGUAUUUCAAAUGGCCAAGAGUCCUUGCCAAUGACCACAAGGCCUGCCAACAAGACCAAUGACAAUCCACCACCUACACAAGAGCCUCCGCCGUGCUAUACCACCCUGGCUCGUCCCCCCAUAAUCCAGGAGUCUCCAAUCGAGGAUUCUAGCCCCCAGGAGGGACCUGAUGACAACCAGGAAAACAGUAUCCACGAGAACAAUCGGGGAAACAUUGGUAAUUCCAUUCUCCAAAAGGACACAACACCCCCCAAACCACCCACCAGGACCACCAGCUCUCUCAGCACUGGUGGUACCAUCAAGAAACGAGUUCAAAUACAAGAGAUAUCUGUAUAACAUUAGGGAAUGCCCCAGGGGGGCAACAAACCCAAGCACGUGACUUUCGUCGAGGUUGAUGAACAAGUUCAGGACACGAGAUUCUGAAUAUGCUUGGGAUUCUUUUGAUACUCUCAUUGUGACUUAUUGUUUUAGUGGAUGUCAACUAUCGAUGAGUAUCAGAUACUAAAUUGGACCAAUCUGACUUAUUGCAGUGAUGAGUUUAAUUUUUAUUAAUCUCUGACUUUCACUUGGCCCUCCUGGAGAAAGUGUUUCAACUGUUUAGGGAGUGAUAAUGUUUGCUCGAGUGCAGAAACUCUUGGGAUUAUGGAAAUGGUUUUUCUCUUUUUUUUUUCGACUGUUGAGAGAUUGCUAGGGGUGAAUGAUUACUGACUAUAAUCGCACCGUCUUUUCAUAUGCAAAUGAAUAAUUGUGGUUUAGAGGUUUAAAUUAAUGAUAAGGAUGUCUUUCUAUUUGAGAUAAAAACGUAUGGUAAUGGUAUAAAUAAAGGAUUUUUCUUUAGAAAUUAAUUACGCUUGGGUGUUUCAUUGGGGAUCCGUGUCUGUUUAGUUGCGUGCAAUGAAUAAUUUAUUUCAACUUUUUUAUCUGAAAAUUCAUUAUUUUAGAAGAAAACUUCAUAUCCACGUAUGCAAAAAAAAAAACCAUUGAUAUGAAUAAGAUUUGCUUGGAGAAUUUAUUGUUCAUUGAUUUAAUGAAAAUUGAUGAAUUUUCGAUAGUUGUUGUAACGGUGACAUUGAUGGAAGGGGAAAAUAUUUGUAAAUUUCACAGUUACAACAAUAAAUACAAAUUUAUGAAGCUCAUGAAUUUUAAUUAAACUGGGUUAUACAUAUUCUCUCGAUUCUGUCAAUGUUCUUAAGAUAAUGGUAUUCAAAUCCUGAGUAAAAAAUAUAGAACAGGGGCUUGGUUUCCACAACCAAGGAGCAUAACGAAAAUGUAAGAGCGAGAAUGAUAAAGAAAAUGAUUUGUUACAGUUAA